UUGUAGGCCUACAGGUUAUAUAAUUAGUCAAUCCACGAUGGGAUGGUCAAAUGUGAGUGACACGUUCACCCGUAACGUACGUACGAGUACGUAAUAAUGAGCACACGCCGAAAGAAUUUUAUCCCUUCCUUUUGCUUUUCCGGUGUGUGACGUCAGACCAAGAACUAAGAACCCAAGAGCCAAGAACUACAACUCAGAAAGCAGGGGCCAGGUCCAGAGACGGAAGAAGGGAACGAACAGUGUGAGUAACAGCAUCCUUCAACAGUACAGUGUUUUCGGGAGCACAAGACCUGUCUCCCCCAAAAGCAUAAACAUGACACUGUGCACAUUGUUGCUUUUGUCUCUAGCAUUCCUCUGUUCAGAGGUUUUGUCUCAAGGAAGUGGGGACAGAAAUCCCUGUUUGGCUGCCAGUGCCCAAGACUCUUGUGCAGCAUGUAUAGCCACUGGCCCACAGUGUGGCUGGUGUGUGUCGGAGAAAUACGAACAAGAAAACCGACUGCGCUGUGACACUUUUGAGAACCAUGCACGGGGAAAGUGUGACACGAACGACAUCCAGUACCCACAGGACGAACUACUGAAAAUUGAUAACCGCGCUGUGCAAGAUGGGGACAAACCAGAGGAUGCUGUGCAGAUUCAGCCCCAGAAAGUGAGGGUCAAUGUCAGACCAAACAAACCAAUCAGGAUUCCGUUGAUCUUCCGUCAAGCUGAGAACUACCCUGUAGACUUGUACUACCUUAUGGAUCUUUCUAAUUCCAUGGAAGAUGACAAAGAAAAUCUUGCAGAACUCGGAAAUUUGAUUGCUGAGAAAAUGUCUGCAAUCACCAAAAACUUUCGAUUGGGAUUUGGAUCUUUUGUGGAUAAAGUAGUGUCUCCGUACGUCAGCACGGUUCCCAGGAAGUUGAAAGAACCUUGUAGGAUGGUCACCGGGGAAGCUUGUGAAGCUCCGUAUGGGUUCAAGAAUCAGCUCAGCUUGGAUUUGGAAACAGCAAAGUUUGCGAAAAAAGUGAGAGAGACGCGUGUCUCCGGUAAUCUGGACGGUCCAGAAGGUGGAUUUGAUGCCAUCAUGCAGGCAGUGGCUUGUGAGGGAGAGAUUGGUUGGAGGCCUAUCUCCCGAAGGAUGCUGGUGUUUUCAACUGAUGAUGGCUUCCAUUACGCUGGGGAUGGAAAGCUUGGAGGAAUUGUCCGACCCAACGACGGCGUGUGUCACAUGGAAGGAGGACUUUACACAGAAAGCUCAAAUCUUGAUUACCCGUCGGUCAGUCAGAUUGCCACCAAGAUCAAAGAGAAAGCCGUGAGCGUGAUCUUCGCGGUGACCAAGGACCAGUUCCCCAUCUACGAGAAGCUGAGUCAGUACAUCGAGAGCUCCACCACGGGGGAGUUGGCCAACGACUCCUCCAACAUCGUCAAACUCAUCCAGGACAACUACGAGAAAAUUACGUCUAAGGUCAGCCUGAGAACACAAAACGUGGGAGACAACAUCACAGUGGAAUUUUACUCUCGAUGCUUUGGAACUGAAGAGAAAAAGACCAGUGAAUGCAGCAAUAUGAAAAUUGGACAAACUGUGACGUUUGAUGUUGAAAUCACUGCUACGGCAUGCCCGGCCGACAGGAAGGAGUGGCGGAGACAGAUCUCGAUAAAACCGGCUGGCUACCAGGAGAAGUUAGUUCUAGACCUGGACCUCAUGUGCGAAUGUGAAUGUGAAAAACCGGAGAAUGAGGUGCCCAAUAGUGAGCUCUGCUCCGGGGGAAACGGUACGUACGAAUGUGGCAAAUGUACGUGCAACCCCAAGAGGUACGGCAAGUACUGUGAGUGCGAGGCUGAUGAUGUCACCAGCAAGGAGUCCCUCAAGGAAUGUAUCAUGCCCAACGCCACAGUUCCUUGCUCCGGCCGCGGCAGUUGUGAGUGUGGGAAGUGCAAGUGUUCCACGCGUUCCUCCGACUCGGCCAAGCUCUUCAGCGGCAAAUACUGCGAGUGUGACGACUACUCGUGCAACCAUUACAACGAGCUCAUUUGUGGAGGCCCAGAGCGCGGCGUGUGCGACUGUGGCCAGUGCAAGUGCAACCCGGGCUAUAGCGGCUCAUCCUGUGAGUGUGAACUGAGCCAGGACAAGUGCAAGACGGAGGACGGGUUGGUGUGCAACAACCACGGAACUUGCAAGUGUGGGAAAUGUUACUGUGAGAGCCAGUACACGGGCUUCAAGUGUGAGCAGUGUCCGGCCUGCCCCGACAAAUGUCCAGACUACGCGCCCUGUGUCCAGUGCCGAUCGUUCCAGUCUGGACCGUACUCUGCGGAUGAAUGUGACCUCAAAUGUCCUCGGGAAGUGAGAGAGCAGCCAAAGGUCGAAGACGGUCCUGGCAUCCAGAUCUGUCAGCUGAAAGACGAGGAAGAGUGCUGGGUGUACUUCACGUACGAGUAUGACCAGGAGGGAGAGGUGGUCCUCAAACGCCAGAAGGCAAAGGUUUGCCCGGAAGCUGUGAAUGUCCUGGCCAUCGUGGGCGGAGUGGUCGGAGGGAUCGUGGCUGUGGGACUUUUCCUGCUGCUCAUCUGGAAGCUGCUGACCUUCAUCCACGACACUCGCGAGUUCGCCAAGUUUGAGGCCGAGCGGCAGAACGCUAAGUGGGACACGGGCGAGAAUCCAAUUUACAAGCAAGCGACGUCGACCUUCAAAAAUCCGACGUACAGUGGCCAGUGAGAGUGAGGGUGUGGCCUGUCUCGUAGAGGGAGGGAGGGAAAGAAACCUGUCUUGUUUUCGAAUGAGGGGAAAAUGGGCGAAUGAGUGAUGUACGUGUAUGCCUCCUGCGAAGCUGAGAAUGUUUCUGAAUGCGCUGAGAUUGUAAAGUGCAUAAUGCUUGCUGCUGAGUGGGGAUAUGCGCUAAACAAAUGCUAUUUAUUUUUAUGAUUUCAACAAAAGUCUUUGGGGGUUUUUUUGAGGGGAGGGUGGGUGUUUAGUAUGUUUUGUGAGGGUGUUCUGGUGCGUGAGAAAAUCUGCGCCGCUGCUUUAGUCAACUGUCUCUUGGGUGGCAGGUGUUGCUGCAAAGUGUGACUGGAUGACUUGUGUCCCGUGUGUCUUGAGUUGUCAGUCUAUGUUAGACGAGUCGCUGGUUAGAAUUGUGGAGUCAAGACGUCAGUGUGUACCAGUCUAGCCUUUGUGCUGAAACAGUUCAGCACUUCCAAGUGGCACUCAGAGGACCAAGGUUCAAUUCCUUUGUGGGAAGAGAAUGUUUAUAGUGGCUCGGUCUCCCUGCUGGGGCCUUGUGUCUGUCUGUGCUGGGGUUGGCGAGACAGGCAGGGUCAAAGCAUGACUUCGAGAUUACCUAAACUGUGUCAAGUGGGGUGUGAAAAACAGCUAUAUUUGUGAUGCUUUGUGGUGAAAUCAGGUGCUCGUCAAAAUGAUUAAAUUGAAGAUACCGGUUUUUUUCUGCUGGUUUUGCAAAUUU